AUGGCCUAUCCCAAAAGGAAUGAGACUAUUUUUUGGGACUUCAUCAAAAUUGGGGGAAGUAAAUCCAUUGAACAGGGCCUUUGGUACAAUAUGUCAGGUAUACAAUCUGAUCCUUCUCAUUUGCCUCCGAGCCUUUCUAGCAGUCGUGAAGAACCAACUAAGCAGGUCGAACCUUUAAGGCCUCCUGCAGAUAGCACGCCUGGCGAUAAAAUUAUUAUCGAGGGAUAUGAUGAUGGAGUUGCAGAUGAUGUAUUAAAUCCAAAGAAAAAAGUAUGGGAGAAGUUGCAGGUACGUCUGAAGACUGAUCAACUUAAUUCGCAAAAUAUUUACUGAAUCUUUCUGCAUGUG